AUGAAAAGAGUCCAGGAGAGGCGUAGCAAGCGACACGCUGAAAGAGUCAACGAAUAUGACUUCUGGGUUGAAUUGUUCCAUCACAUGGAUCGUUCUAAUGCCAUCGUGAGGUAUUUUUACGGUGAACUUCAGGAAGCCGAAAGAAACGGAAGACGCGGAAUAAUAAACUUCAGUUGCAUUGGAGCCAGCACGUAUUCCGGAGCAAUAAGUGCUGCCAUAGAAUUUGGCAACAACCCUUCCGGAGGAGUGACAUCGAGGGAAAUGAGAAACAUGCUAGAACUUGCGAGAAACACUCUACGAGCACGACAAAGUGAUGCAUUCUCCUCAGGAUGCGGCAGUGAUGAUCAACAAGCUAUAGACGCUCAUGCUCAACUUCAAAGGACACACAGCCACGCGAUCAGUCAGUGGGCAUCCAUUGUUCGUGCGUUUGAAAGUGGAGCGGAGGCGUUAGAACGAGUGGAAAGAUUAAGAAACGCUCCGGCGAACGCUGGCCAAGUCAUCUUUUGGUAAUCCCAAUGAGAACAAGGUGGUCGAUUCGACGUCGAUUCGAUGUAGAAAGGGGGAUCGAAGGGGAGGUCGAAAUUUCCGUCGAAUCGACGUCCCUGUGACUAAAAUAUCGACGCCCCGGCGACGUCGAUCAGGGGUCGAUGCGUCGAAAUAACGUCGAAAUGCGGUCUAUGAUACUUUAUUUUGCUAUAUUUUUCAAUUUAAAAGCCUUGUGGCUUCCGUAAAGGGUCGGGGGAAGUACAAGCAUAUAAAAUUCAAGAUAUAAAUUUUAUUUUCAUUUCAAGAUCAAUGAGCUUUCACAUACUAGCCUUCUGCACCAAAAACUUAGUAAGCCAAAAGGUUCAUUACGACACAACAAACAGCAGUUUCCUUGUUGGCACAGAAUGAUAACAGCACUUGUAAGUUUAACUAUUUAAAGUGAAGAACAGUUCAAUUUUACUUACAUAUAACAAGAGAAUUUAUUUGCCAAAAGGCUGACUUUCCAGACAGAAAUUAUCAUGUCACGAUGCAAAAUGGCACGUAAACAGUACCUUAAAGAAACCUGUAAUGAACACAUUGGCCACUUAACGCUGGGUGCACUUCCAUUCUUGCCUGGGAGCGUUACGUAUACGAAGUCCUCAGCAAAUGUUUUCCUCGAUAAUGCAAGAAGAGCCCAACUGUUGGAAUAGAUUGAAAUGAAAAAGCCGU